CAUACCACCACUACCACGCCAGCGCGCUCACCUGGCCUCUUCUUCGUCAAGUCCGUCUUCCACGCCCGCUCAGGCGCUCACGAGGCCAGUCGCCGGCCCCGUUCAAGGUUCAACGCCCCCGCCGCCCCGCAACCGCAACCCACCUUAUACUCUUUGCCGACCCAGUUCCGCUCGCUCCGACCAACCUUCUCUCGCCUCCACCAGCUACACCUAGCUCGCUCGCUCGCCAUGGGGUGCGGCUUCUCCUCGCCGACCGGCUGCCGCGCGCUGCGCCCGUUCGCGGGGGUGCGCGUGAUCCACACCAACGGCUACGUGCAGGACUUCGACGGCAGCGACGGCGCGCCGGUCACCGUGGCGCGCGCCACCGCCUCCUGCGCCUCCUCCUCCGGCUCCAGCUACGUGCUCUGCUCCUCCGCGCACCUGCUGCAGCCGGGCCGCGCGCUCUUCCGCCCGGACGACGCGCUCCAGCCGGGCAGCGUCUACUUCCUGCUCCCGCACUCCGUCUUCCAGGCCGAGUCCUCCGCCGUCGACCUCGCCUGCCUCAUGAACCGCCUCACCGCGCUCGCGCGCAAGGGCGGCGGCUGCGCGCCCGCGCCCUGCCCCGUCGAGUCGCUCUUCGCCGGCCGACCCGAGGACCUGCAGCAGGCGCCGUCCAAGCCGCCCGCCGGCAAGUGCGGCGCCGCCACCAAGUCGCGGUCGUGGCGGCCGCAGCUCGACCGGAUCGACGAGUCCAUGGGCCGCUCCUCCAUGCGGAGCUCGGUGUCCACCUGCAGCGUCCGCAGCCAAGAUUAGGCUUUUCUUCCGCUAGCUUCUUCUUCUCCUUCUUUGUUGUUGCUGUUGUUCUUGUUGUUGUGGUUGUUGCUUUGUUCAUCCGUGGCAUGGAAAUUUAGUUGAGUUAGCUGGUUUCUCUGAGUGUCAUCAAGAAAAAAAUAGUCUAGAUUUGUUCUACCAUCUUGUUGUUGUUCAUGGUUGUUGUGACUUUGCUUGUAUAGUGGAAAUUUAGUUUUAGCUA